AGACGACCGCGAAAGUGUGCAGAGCAGGAGCACGUGACGCGCGCUUUCCUGCUAGUGUGCUUUUCGAAAACUCGCACAUGUGUGAAUCACACGCGCAUCUGCGUUAAAGUGUGUGUGUGAAUAAUAAUAAUAGUUUUGUUCACCUUUUUAUUUAGUUGUCCCACAACUCUUUAAAAGCAAUGUUGGAGCAAAUCCUACGCGACAUGUACAUAGAUCCGGAACUUCUGGAGCUGCUGGACGAGCAACAGAAGCAGACGCUCUACUGUAAAAUGCGCGAGGAGCAAGUACGCAGAUGGAAAGUGUGGAAUGAAAAACUCGGCGACCAACCUCUCCAAACGAAAACUAACAAGAAAAAGAAAAGUGUCAGCUUCCUGAAGGGUUCAGACGGAGAGCCGUGGGUCUGGGUGAUGGGGGAGCACGAAAACGACAAAACAAUCGAGGAGAUUUUAAAGGAAGAGGCGCUGGAAAAAGCCAGGAAGCUAGCGGAAAAAGAAACGGAGGAGUUAAGGAAGUUGGCUAUGACUGAAUGUAAGGAAGAAUACAUGUCGCCCAAAAUCGAAGAUCUGGAAGAGGAGAUUUAUUGUUCAAUAGAUGAACUACGCAAUCAGAUCAACAACAAACCUGCCUUGAAUAACUACAGCUUGAACCACUACCAGAACAAGAAUAACCGGCACAACUUUGUGGACACCAGAGAAGUGCUGCAAGAGAUCUCGCAGAAACCUCAAAAGGUUUCAUCCCGAGUUGCGUUGUGGGAGAAGAAAGUCACGGAAGCUCGCACCAGCGAGAUUCUCAAAUCCAUCGAGAAGAAGAACGAAAGACUCGCGAAGGAGGCAGAGGAAGCUGCCAAGAAUAACGAAGAAGUUUGGCAGGAACAAGAGAGGAAAGCAAAGGAGGCAGAACAGCAAAUUAGAGAGAUCGCUAGAAGAGCCAGGGAGGAACACAGAUUGUCGACAUUAGACCUGGACGCUUCCUACAGUAUUAUAAACUCGGGACUUCCUCCAGGAAAGCAAGCAGUCAUAGACUGGUACAGAAAGAGUGAGAGGGGCAGAUUGGCCGGGUUGGACGCGCACAAUAAUUUCCAGCCUUGGUUCCACGGUUUGAUAACGAGAGGAGAUGCGGAAAAACUUCUUUUGGAUCAACCACAUGGUACGUUUUUGGUACGUUUGUCGGAAAAAGUUUGGGGCUACGCCUUGUCGUACCGGUCGAAGGAGAAAUGCAAACACUAUUUGGUGAACGCUGCUCAGAAGUACAAAUUCGUGAACAGCACUUUGGAUUAUAACAAGCUCGAGGAUCUCAUUAGCUAUCACUACCAACAACCGUUGACCGGUGGAGAAAACCUCCUCCGCCCCUGUCCAAGACUAACGGACGCCGCCCUAAAAGAACUGGUUUGAAGCUAUUCGCGAAAGCUUCGAGAUACUGUGAUUGCCUGGCAUUUCUCAUUCGACAAGUCUACACAUGCUGAUCAUACGAUAUUCUAUUUAGUUUAAGUUCGAGGAAGAUAUAAUUAAUCGCUUUGUAAUCUAUAUUUUUCUCAGUUUUUCAUUUAGUCAUUAUUUCCAACGAAAUGUCUUAAGUGAUUUUUAAUUUUAGGUUUUAUUUGUGGUAACACUAUUUUUUAUAUAUGAAUGAUAAUCGACUUUGAUUUAGAUUUAUUAAUAAUAUUUAACUUUGUUACAAUAUUAUAAGCGUGAAUGUUUUAAUUAUUGUAUGCUUAAGUUUUUUUUUAAGUUCGAUAAUACAAUAAAUAAACUUUU